AUGCCGGCGUCCGCGAUGAGCAGCCGGCCGGAGGAGCUGACGGAGAGGCUCGGGGCUGCCUCCGUGGAGACCGGCGGGGAAGCGCUUCUAAAGGUUCUCAGGGAGGUGAAGAACCAGAUCAUAGGCAACAAGACGAAGAAGGUCCUCUAUCUCCAUCUUGGCGCUGUACCGAGGAUCGUCGCCGUCCUCACCUCCGCCUUGGACGCGGACGGGGGAUCCACCGCCACCAACCUGAUCGUACAGUCGGCGGCGGCGCUCGGCAGCUUCUCUUGCGGCGUGGACGACGGAGUCCGGGCGGUGCUCGACGCCGGAGGGGUUCCGCACCUCAUACGGCUUCUCUCCAGUCCUGAAGAGAAGGUUUCGACAUUUUGCCCUCUACACCUCAUUCGACGCGGCUAAAUUUUUAUCUUAUCGGUGUUUUCCACCUCGGCGGUUGGUGGUUAAUUCCCGUCCCCCUUUCGUCUAUGUAAAACUUGGGAUUGUGAUAGAGAAAUAUUUUUUCCAUCUCGAGAAAUAGUUUACUGUUUAGUUCAUUCAUAUGAUUCCUUAUAAUUUUCUCCCUUUUGAGGGGAGGCCGUGUACAAAUCGAUCGCCGAUCAAUUUGUAAAACUACAUCAUUUUGCCAAUGAAAAGCGCCGAAGAAAUUUUUCAUUUCUCUUUUCCGUUAAAUGCUGCAUGCCUGGAAAUAAUACAUCUGUCCUGGGCUUUGAAUUUAUUGCUUAGUAUGCUCCAUUUCGGAAAGGAGAUUAUUAGUAAGAAAAUCAUUAGCAAGAUCAGAAUGCCACGUGAUUGGGGGAUUCAGGUGAGAUGUUGGCUUAUCUGUACAUCAUUUUGAUAGGAAUAGUCCAUAGUGUUCUCCCAAUCUUGUUUGAAAUGGUAUCCCGAUCUGUUUUAGGCGGUCUGGAUUCAUCCAUGUUAAUAAUCCCUUCCUUUGGACGGUGUUUUACUGUAUCGCCGUAAAGCAUAGUGGAGAUAAAAGCAGGGCACUCAGAUGAUGAUUAAAGCAUAAGGACAUUCGAAAAGAUGCAUUGUGCGGUGAAGCAUUCCAUAGAUAAUCAAAACACAGUAGGAAAAUCGGGAAAGGCAUUGUGUGGUGAUGCAUUUUAUACAUUAUCAGCAUAUGUUAGGACAGUCAAAAAAAGCGCGUUUUGUGGUGAAGCAAUCACUUGACGAUCAAAACACACAAGGAUAUUUGAGGAACACAUUUGAGAAGUGGUGACAAAGUGAGCUUAAACAUGGUACUGUAUUGAUGAAAGAGACUCCAAUAUUUAAGUUGAUGGAAGUCUUUUUCGGUGCUUUUGCCUUGAAACAUUUCGCAAAUCUUUGGCUUUCUUUGUUUCCCCUAAUGCGUUGUUAUAUAAUAGAUUGUAUGACUUCAUAUCAUAUAUUUUUUUUUAUCAAUGAUAUCUUGUACCGAUUCUUACGGUUAAUAAUACAUAUGAGUAAUGUAACAUUUUUAUGUUGACACAUCCACAUUUAAAAAUGUAAUCCCAAAGUUCUCUAUACUUGCUGCUCACGUCAGUGCUUUUGUACUAUAUGCUUAUAUUUAUGUAUGUAUGUAUGUAUGUAUGUAUGUAUGUAUGUAUGUAUGUAGGUAUACGUGUAGAUAUGGUUCUAUGGUCCUUUCACAUGAGCGCUCUGAUGAAUUUACUGCAUUCAUGACUGAAGAUUCAAAUAGAACGAUCUCUUUCGUAUGGUAUGGUUCUUUCGUAUGGCACCGAUAUAAAAAGAGGUGAACGCGUCAGUGUCUCAGGCCAAGUCUCAGUGAGAUGCGUGUUGGAGGAAGAAAAGGAAAAACUCGCCAUAGGAUCGCUGCAGGCAAUAGUGUCAGUGAUGAGAGUGAUGGGAACAUUGAUCGGAGUGCUUGCAUUAAUUAACUUUCUAGGGAUAAACAUUUUGAGAAAUCCAAUAUCAUUUCCCGAUAUUUGUAUAUUUUUUUUCUUUAUGACCAAUAAAGAUUGACCAUGGACACGAGAUCUGAGAUGGGAAACCAUCUCGAUUUUAUAUUUUUAAAACCUGAUUUACAAUAGUGGAGUGACUAAGUGACAAUGAUUCAUGUGCCCUUGCAUAGUUUCGAUUGAAUUGGAUGACCAGAGAAAACUUACCCACACAAGUUUUUUGAACUUCCUCGUUUGACUUAGCUUGUUAAACUUAUUGAACAAGGUCUCAAGGUGUUGAACUUCAUCGGGUAAUGUUUAUGGAAGUGUGAGCUUAUAUGAAUUGAGUGGUGGGAAGCUAAACUUCUUGUUCUUGUUCUUGUUCUUUUCUUUUUUUGUUUGAGGUACGAGGGAACCUUCACUCAAACUGCCGAGUACAUGCUGAUAAGCUUUCUGAUAUUUGCCAAAAUGGGACGAGGAAAGGUUCACCAUGUCAUCUAGCUUAACUGACUGGAGGCCUUAAAUAUUAGCCUUGAGUUUGGCUUAUUAAAUCCGUUUAUAAACUCUUGAUAAGUCAUCGUUUACUAGGUCUCAUGCAGCUUGUCUUAAAUUACCUUAUAAUGGCAUUACCUUGCUAACUUGCUGAUAUGUUUUCCAGUAAGUUUUUACCCGAUAAAAGCUGAAGAAAAUGGUGAACAUCUUGUAUGAUUAAUGGCUGCAUAUAAUGCUUGCUCUAACAUCUCACUGGAAAUUGUGCUUUCACAGGUUGUGGACGCUGGUGCACGUUCUCUGAGAAUGAUUUUUCAGUCAAAGCUUGCCCCAAAAUAUGAUUUUCUUCAGGAGAAUAAUUUGAAAUUUCUUCUUUUGCUUCUGAACAGUAAGAAUGAGAAUGUGACAGACCUUGCUGCUAGUAUUAUAAAGCAUUCCUGUGUGUCCAGAGAGGAGCAGAAGGUAUUGUGUGAUGCAGGGGUUCUGCAAAGGCUUGUUUGUCUGCUUGAAGGUUCUCUAUGUCAGAGAGAUUCUAGUUUAGAUUCUAUAGCAGCAGUUGUCAAGAACAACUCUGAGACCGUCUCGCAAUUGGUCGGUAUCAAGAAUGGAAUAGCAUUGAAUUUAAUUGUUGAGCUGAUGAAAGAUAGAUGUCCAAGGACAAGGCUGCUGUCUUGUGUGUGCUUGAUACUUAUUGGUCAGGCAUCAUGUUAUGUUCAGGAACAUGAAAUUAAGACCAAGUUGAUCCUUAUUUUAACCGAACUGUUGGAAGAACAUGGCCAAGUUGGGGAUGAAGCCCCAUUUGCUUUAGUAACACUUAUUACAGACAACGAAGACCUGCAGAAACAAGCCCAUUCCGUGAAUGUUGUUGAAAAGCUUUGUAAUUUUCUACGUCAAGGCCACAUAAAUAGGAAGCGUCUCCAAGGAAUUUUGCUUGCCUUAUCUGAAUUGUGCUCAAGAUGGGAGAAGAGCAGGAACCAGUUCAUGUCAUCAAUGGUAUGCUAUUUAAAGAAUAUUAAUGAAAAUGAGACACUUUUCCGAAUUUUAUUUAAGAUUAUCUAAAAUGUUCUAUCAUGUUCGUUUACACACUCAUGCAUACUUGGAGAAUUGUUUGAGUCAGUUUGUGGAUAAAAAAAAACAUUUUUCUUCUACUUAAAGCUUGAUUCUAGCUACAUUCGACCUAAGGUGUCAAAAAAUGUAUUCUGCGAAAUAUUCUUUCACUACGUUAAGUAUUAACCUCCAUUAUUGAAGUAUCUAAAAAGAAAAUGUGUUUUAUGUCUGUGUAGAUGUCUCUGUAUUUAUUUAGUCCUCAGAUCACCCACGUUCAUAACGUUCUGUGUUCACGUGUGGUCAAUAUCUUUAACAUUUUGUAUAAUUUCUGAAACAGGUACUAAAUAUAGUCUCUGAUGCUUUGAAACAUGAAUGUGUUGAUGUCCGCGUAGCAGCAUGCACUUCUAUUUCCAGCAUCUCUCGCUCAGUGAAGGUUAGCUUCCUGAAUCACAAAUUUAAUUGUCAAGUUUGGUGUCAUAGACACAGUUUAAUGAAGCGAUUUUAUCCAGAAUCUGUUUGCAGGUCAUCUAACAGACGAGUCAAUUGUCCUUCCCCUGGUCCAGCUUUUGCACGACUCAUCUAGUCGUGUACAGGUAUGCCCACUUUCCCUGUCCCAAGUGAUAAAUCCUCAGUAACAUUCAAAAAAGAGCUGUUCCCAUUGUGUGCUGUGUGUUCAUUACUUUUGAUGGAGGAAGUGUCGCCAAUUUUCUUGCUUUAUUCAUCUAAUUCUGUUAAUCAUAGAACUUGCAAAUGGCUAUGUGAAGUCCUCCUUUAUCUGUAUAAUUUAUUCUUCUAACGCUGAAACCAAAGUUUGACGCUCUAAAUCCAGUCGAUAUGAGAUGAUUCACAUUGAAGUGUUAGACUUAAGUGCAAUUUACAUCUUAAAUGCUAAGAUAGACAAGACAGCUUAGCGCUUUUGAUGGAUUCACAUGGAAUUUGGUACUUCAUUCCGUAAUUCAGUUAUUAAACGGUAUGAUUGGAGGAGCUUAAAUUAAAUUAAACAUAAAGAGAAAAUUGCCUGAUUAAUGAUUUACUCACAUGGCAUAUCGGUGUCUCAUUUAGGGACAAGUAACGGCUGAAUUUUUUUUGUUACUAUCGUUAGAGGCAUUGGACCCUGGAAAUAUGAAAAGAAGGCUCACACUUCCUCAGAAUACUUGAUCAGACUGGAUUCCUCAGAAUAUAUUGAUCCGGUGAAUUGGAUCAAUUUAAUUCACCUUGUAGCCACAAAACUCUUUAUUUUGCUCAGCCUAUCAUAUGCUUGAGCUAGGAGUUGUAAAUACAGGCGUGCUGGUACAAAUUUCCACUUAGCCAAUUGGGGAAGCAGAUUUCUGAGGUACGACCCAUGAUGUCAGUUGUUUCACAUUGGGUGAAUGACCCCACGAGCAGCAAGUGGUAUGGAUUAUGCCCAAGAAAAGAGAUAGCGGCAAAUAGUUCAAAAUUGAUAGCGUGCCACACAAGCAGCAAGUGGUAUGGAUUAUGCCCAAGAAAAGAGAUAGCGGCAAAUAGUUCAAAAUAUAUAGCGUGCCACACAAGCAGCAAGUGGUAUGAAUUAUGCCCAAGAAAAGAGGCAAGAGAUCACAUGCAGGAAGUGUUCCAUUUCCAUCCCUCGUUCACCAGAAAGCCACUUUGGUGAAUCAAAGAGCAUAUAUAUGGUGAAUCAUCUCAUGCCCACGCUCACGUGGGGAGUGAGCUUUUAAAUCACAAUGACAUGAGUGGAGGUUGACAAAGUAUAUGCGAAGUCAUAGAGAUCUAACAUUCUGCAGCUUAAUCUUUUUGGAAAAAGAGUUUAUCUCCUGUAGCUGAAGAUAAAAUCUAUUUUCUCCUAUCUCCAUAAUGUAGGGUUUCCUUGUACAGUUUUUCAGAUCCAGGUCCCUGGAUCUAGUGCCUGCAACGUUCAUAAAUCAAUCAUUGACAUAAAAAUACGAUCGCCGGAUAUCAUGGAAAUAUAAAAGAAUCAAACCACUAACCUUUAUUGUGAAUGGCUUUUUCUGGUGGGUGGGUUUUAAACAGUUUGAACAAUCACACUGUUAACAAUGUGAAACCCAAGCCCCUCCACGAUUUCUUCUGGCCUGGUUUUCAAAUCGUUGCUUAAUUCACAUGGCAUGGUUUGCUGAUCCAAUUUUAAUGGAGCAAUUCGGGUCUCCUCUUCAAUUUUUAGAGGAAAAGAGACCGAAAGAUCAGUUGACUGGCUUGGAGUGCCCACUUGGAAGCCCAUACUGCGCCUUUUUAAAAGAUGCUUAGGCCUUCCCUCCUGUGGUUCGACAAAUAUCCAGAGAAGAAGUUCAAAUUAAGUAGAAAAGGAAGGUAACGAGAGGGAAAUAGGAGAAAUAAUAAAACGAAUAACAAAUGGGAAUAAUGAGGGAAAAACUAUUGGCCCUGUCAUCAGCAGAGGUGGGAUUAACAAAGGCUUGCACACCAAAUAUGUUUGCUUGUUUUUUUAAUACAUACAAAUGCUCUCGGUGUGAAUACAAGUUGAGAUGGCGGAAAUAUCCCUCGAUCCAUUUUGAUCGACUGUUUAUGUUCUUCUCUAGUCAUGAUAUUGCCAGUAUGUAAUGCCCGCUAAUUUACUACUGUCAUCAGUGAACACAAUUAACUUCUAGAUUAUUGGCGUUGUUCAUUGUUUUUAACAUCCAACAACAUGCGUAUAUUUGCGUGUUGUUUUUCAUGCUCGUCAUUACCCAUCCAUGCAGCAUCCAACCCUAGAAAGUAUUUUGUCCGCUUAUCUUUGAAAUUUGUUAAGCAAUUCACUUUUACUAUAUCAAUUGGUACCGCUAAGUGUUUAUAUUCACAUUUUCCAACUGAUUAUGAACGUUGCAGGCAGCUGCACUUAAAGCUAUGUGCAAUGUUGUCGUUGACUUUAAGGAUAAGAAAACCAUUUUUAUCCAGAGCGGAUGUGUUAAACAGCUGGUUCAAUUGUCCAAGUCGAUGGAUUCCGCGCUCAAGAUAAAUGCCGUUUGGGCACUGAGGAACUUGACGUUUCACGCCGACAGAGCAGGCAGAGAGCACAUUCUUUCCGAGCUCACAGAAGCCCAGCUUGCCGGCUUGAUAUGCGGUAACAAUUUUUUAUUGAUGAUUUAAACAGUUUCGGAUUUAACACGAGAACUGGGUAUGAACUAAUCUCAUUAUUUAAUCUCAGAUUCUGAACCUCGCGUCCAAGAGCAGGCCUUGGCCCUCGUCCGUAAUCUCGUCGAUGGUUGCAGUGAGACUAUUGAGAGCAUUUUUAGAGAGAAUGCUGUAAUCUUGGACGCUGUCACCAGACAAGUGCAGCAUGCAGCCUCACCCGAAGUCUGCAUUCAGGUACUGCUCACUGCGGAUUUCCCUGUUGUCUUCUGGCUGAUCAGAAAGCCUUCUCAGAGAUCACGAGUGGAGAGGGUCUCUGUUUGGGUUUGAAUGGCCGCUGCGAUAUUUGUUCAUAUAUCGUUGUGAUUCCCAGGGAAUGUUCGCUCUCGGGAAUGUUGCCGCCGGGAAUGAUUUCCACAAGGAGGCCGUGAUGACCAGCCUUCUUCCGCCCAGAAAGGAGGAGCUCAACCCCUUCCUUCUAAAACUCCUGCGGAGCAGCGACAGCCUGCUAAGAACAGCUGCGGUCUGGUGCGUAGUCAACCUGACCUACCCAGAUUGUCCGAACUCCUCUGCUAGGGUUUCGAGGCUCCGCGACGCAGGGAUAAUCUCUCAGCUGAAGGCCAUGGUCAACGACAUUUGCCUGGACGUCAAGGUCUUCUACUCUUCCAUCCCCCCUCUGGUUUCACCACGUGAAUUUCUCUGACGAUUGCCGUGGCUUCUUGUGUACAGUUUCGAGCCAGAACAGCUCUCGGGCAAUGCACCAUCGCUGAGCAGAACGCCGCCUGA